AUGGAUAUCGCGACGGCUUCUCCCACCCCGAUGGGUACCGCUGGGACCGGAUUGUCACGGAGACCUUCGCAGAGACAAGGCCUCCGCAGGCUACCGUCGCGACCGCACCUUAGCCGAAGCGAAUCAAACCCUGUACACGCGACAGCGCCCGCGCCCACUCUUUCCAAGAAAGCAGAAUCGCAACAAUACGCCAUGCACGACAGCUCCGACGAUGAAAUUCCUGUGCCUAUGAAGCUCAGUGCUCUCACCAAAGCCUUACUAAACGAUGGUGGCUCUGCCGAACCCGAACGUGCACCCUCGCCGCCAAGAACGCGCCGGCGCGCAAGCAAUCUCGCCGCGUCUACAACAUCUGCUACUGAGGAAAGACGGUCCCUUCGAUCCGGAAGUGUGCAUGCCUAUGAGACUAGAUCUUCAAAACACUCAUCCCCAGUAAGGAGCCGGGAAAAUAGUCCCGUGCGAAAGAGAGUUGUCAGACUCAGUACUACACCGAAAAGUCUUGGCCAACUAAACCCCACGAAAAGGCGAUCUACCUCGCUCUCGCGAUCCACGACACAGCGUCCUCGUUCGAGGAGUCGACCGGAAAGUCGAGAACAGUCUUCAGACGAGAAACAAGAACCACCUCAGGAUGUAAAUACCCCUGCGCAAGGUGUCCGAGUUGUCCGUAUUGCUGCUGGAUCCUCUGGCAACAGAAGCCGACUUACCAACUCAUCCGGCCAUUCGCGGCGAUCCGGCUCCCACCUUGAACAGGAGCACUCUGAAGAACCAGCAACUGUGGGUCGACAUACCGCUGGUAUCAACCCUGGCAGCAUUUCCCGUCACACUUCUAAUGUCGGAAGAAACAUCAAGCCAGAAGAUAACCUCGCAUUGCAAAGUUCCAUGCGUGUCAAGCGCGUCGGUAAGGUACCAGGAAGUUUCCUAAGUGGCCCUGCACGACGUGGCCGUAGACGACAAAGCGAAGAAGAAGCGGAUGCCAAUGGUGAUGGUGAAGGCCUAAUUUCUGGUCAAGACCACGACGGCCAUGGUCAUGAGAUGGAAAACGACCUCGCAUCUUCCUUUUACGGAAACGGCAGGCAACUUGCGUCAGGUAGCCCAGUCGCCCUCAGUGAUCCUUCAAGAGCAAGUCAUCGAAGACCUGUCUCAUAUGCGGAACCAGUUCUUCCUGCUCGACUUUCACCCCAAGAGAGGGUAGAGCCAGAAGAAAUUCAUUAUAGGCUACCCCCUCCUCGUCCUCAAGUUCCAUCAGCUCAUGAUCAGGAGAACGAACUAGCUUCUAUACGCAGAAGUUCUAAGCCUCCAAUCAGCAUCCUCGCUGAGAAAGAGGCCGAGAAGCUCCCCAAACGACCUCUUAACGUUGAAGCUGCUCAACACCGACCUGCCACUUCUCCGGACCGGAAACCUCUAUCCUCUCUCGCUCAGAACACGCCCCGAAGGCCGGCGCCACCUCCUCCCCCAAAGAUGUCUGUACUUGAUGCUGCUACUACGUCGGCUGGUGCAGCUACUACAACUCAAGCCAAACAGAGGCGAAACAUUCUUCGCGUCAAUGGAAAAUCCUAUACAAGGCUCGACUGUCUGGGCCGUGGCGGUAGCGCUAAGGUCUACCGCGUUACUGCCGAAAACGGAGCGAUGUUUGCUUUAAAGAGAGUGUCAUUGGAGAGUGCGGACGAGACAACAAUUCGAGGUUACCGAGGAGAAAUCGACUUGUUGGGCAAGCUUACGGGCGUCGAUCGAGUCAUUAAUCUCUUUGACUAUGAGAUGAACGAUGAGAAGAGGAUGCUGACUUUGCUCAUGGAAAUGGGCGAAUUGGAUCUCAAUACUCUUCUCAGAACUCGUCAAAACCCCGAAUCGGCCAAAUUUGAUCCGGUUUUUGUUCGGUUUUAUUGGAAGGAAAUGCUUGAAUGCCUUCAAUCAGUUCAUCAAUUUGACAUUGUUCAUUCUGACCUCAAGCCCGCGAACUUUGUCCUUGUCAAGGGUCGCUUGAAGCUCAUCGAUUUCGGCAUUGCCAAUGCUAUCCAGACAGACGAGACUGUCAAUGUCCACCGCGAAACGCAAAUUGGCACUCCAAAUUACAUGUCUCCGGAGUCGCUCAUGGACUUCAAUGCACCUCGAGGCGGUCGCGUUCCAGGACGCCCUAAGCUCAUGAAGCUUGGAAAACCCAGUGAUGUCUGGUCACUAGGUUGCAUCCUUUACCAGCUCGUCUAUGGAAUACCUCCCUUCGGCCAUAUUGCCAACCAGAUGGCAAGAUGCCAAGCAAUCAUCAACUGGGAUCAUGUCAUAGAGUUUCCUGCCAGAGGAAUGGGCGGCAUUCCGGUUCCCCCUUCCUUGAUACGAACCAUGCGGCGGUGUUUGAACCGUGAGGUUCACAUGCGGCCAACCUGCGAGGAGCUUCUCCACGAAACCGACCCCUUUCUCUAUCCUAAUGAGCUUAGUGAAAAAGCACUCCCAAUCGACGAAGAGCUCCUUGGUAGAAUCAUCCAGAGCGUCGUUACGAGAUGUCGAGAGCGUAUGCCGACUGAAGCCGAGGCAAUGUCGGUAUGGCCUUCAGCCUACUGGGCCAGUGUUAAAAAAGCCACGAAUAGAUCAUGA